AUGCAUAUCCUUGUUGUAAAUGACGAUGGACCGCCGUCAAAUCAAUCUUCGCCAUAUGUCCACUCACUGGUGAGCACAUUUGAGAAAGCUGGCCACUUAGUAUCUGUGGUUCUGCCCCAUGUGCAAAGGUCGUGGAUCGGUAAAGCACACAUGGUGGGCCAGACACUGACCCCGACCUAUUUCCGACCGGGCACCCUUUACAGUGACGAUGGUAUCACCUCGGAGCGCCCAUUCGAUGAUGGUGGCGAGGAGUGGAUCCUCAUUGACGGCACACCUGCAAGCUGUGUGCAGAUUGGUCUUCAUCACGUAUUUAAGGACAGGCCCCCUAUCGACCUGGUUGUCAGCGGGCCCAACUACGGUCGAAACACGACUGCGGUGUUUGCUCUUUCGAGUGGGACCAUCGGCGGUGCACUCGAGAGUGCAGUUAAUGGCACCAAGAGUAUUGCCUUAUCCUAUGCGUUUGACUCGAGGAUACACGACCCGGAGAUUAUUUCUGCUGCGAGCAAUUUGAGCACCAAACUGAUCGAUAAGCUGGCCAAUGAGUGGCCCAAGGACGUGCAUCUUUACAGUAUUAACGUUCCUCUUAGAAAAGGGCUCGAGAACAAUAAGAUUUUGUACACUGAAAUGUUGCAAAAUAGGUGGACUAGCGGGAGUUCGUUCCAAGAGCUUCCUGAGGAAGCGGAGGAUGCCGAUCCAAAUUUAGAAGAGCAGGCCAUUCGUGAUGGUGACAACACUACGAAUGGAAAAGCUAGUAUACGCCCUAGACGAGCUCAUCGCAAGUUCAAGUGGUCACCGAAUUUUGCAGACGUUCACAGUGCUGUGGCAGAUGCGAAAAGGGGUGACGGCUGGGAGGUGCAACAAGGCAAUGUCACGUACGUCUCUUGGAGUCUUGUCUCGUCGAAUAUUCAUGCUGAUAUGAGCAGUGUCACACCACUAGUCGCGAAUUAUUGGCAUUUGCCGCAUUACACUGGCGAAAUCAAGCUCGCGGACGCCCGUCCCAACUGUAUUUCCACCGCUGCAAGAGAUCAACCCCGAACAUUAAAUGCAGUGGUUGCCUAUCCGGAUGCAUACGUGCAGCCAUUACUGAUACAGGCUCUUCAAGCUCUAGAGAAUAUAUCGAUCAACUACAUCUCAUCUCUCAGUGAGCUUCAGAAUGUCACAGAUCUCGUACUUCAGUUUUCAAGCUAUGAAUCGUUGGAUUUCGAGCAUGCCAUGAAGUAUCCCAAAAGCUCGCUUGUUUGCGCCUACGUCAUACGAAAGGCGUUGACCCGUAAACAUUACUUGUCCAACACAAUUUCCACGUGGCUGGUAAAGCAUCAACACAGCACAUUGGCCAAGCAUUUUCAACCAGGUGUGCACUUUGAGCUUGACUACGCCGAGUUUCUUGACGAAGCACUUGUAGACGCGUGGGACUUGAACGAGAGUAUGGUCAAGAAUGACCUGGCAACGUCACCCAACGAAAAGCAGUGGUGGAUUCUAAAGCCAGGAAUGAGCGAUGGCGGCAAUGGCAUUCGACUGUUCGCUAGCAUUGCACAACUCCAAUCCAUCUUCGAGGAGUGGGAAGAACAAGAGGAUAGUGAAACUAAUGAAGAGAGUGACGAAAUGCAAGACCACAAUCCUGAUAUGGUCCAAGAGGACGAGGCAGCCCAAGAUGAGUGUGAUGGUAACGCAAUGACAUCACAACUCAGGCAUUUCAUCGCUCAGCCGUACAUUGAUCCACCUCUGCUUCUCGACGCUUAUAGCAGAAGAAAGUUCCAUAUUCGGACCUACGUAUUGGCUGUUGGUGCGUUAAAGGUAUAUGUGUACAAGGAGAUGUUGGCCCUCUUUGCAGCACUUCCUUACCGAUCUCCUUCAGAGGCCGAAGACACGGAGUUGCUGAAUCUAUCGGAGCAUUUGACGAAUACCUGUUUCCAGGACGAUUCAACCAAGAAUUCGUCGGUCCAUGCAUUUUGGGAUCUUGAAUUCCCGGAAAAAGCGCCCAAGAAUAAAGAACAAAUAUUCGAACAGAUAUGUGAAAUCACAGGGGACGUGUUCGAGGCAGCCGCGAGAGAACAAAUGGUUCAUUUUCAAACAUUGCCCAAUGCGUUUGAAAUUUUUGGUGUGGAUUUCUUGGUCGACCAGGGUGCUAAUGUCUGGCUCUUGGAAUUAAAUGCGUACCCCGACUUCAAACAAACUGGGCAGGAUCUGCAGGACAGCAUUGUAGGGGGACUAUUGAGGGAAGUUGUUCAGGCUGCUGUCCUCCCUUUCCUCGGUCUUGAAGCGCCGGAAAGCUCUCGUCUGCCGAUGGUUAGGCAACUUGACUUGGGCCGAGGAUAG